CUUCACGACUCAUCUCUCAUCAAACCCCAUUUCACCACAGAGACUCAGGACCACACAUAACCAUAAUGCAAUCACUACGACAACCGCUUACACGCGCCCUGCGCAACGCGCCCCAUGGCCUCACCAAAUCCGUAACUCCUGCCGCAUACGCUACGAUAUCAUCGAGCGAGACUGCUGGCAACCCGACUGGAUAUGCGAAGACUGGCGUCAAUCUCCGUCUCACAAAGGACACCAAAGUCUUGUUCCAGGGCUUCACCGGCAAGCAGGGAACUUUCCACGCAUCGCAGGCUAUCGAGUACGGUACCAAUGUGGUGGGUGGAACAAACCCAAAGAAGGCUGGCACUGAACAUUUGGGCAAACCGGUAUUCGCAACAGUAGAAGAAGCCAGGAAAGCAACUGGAGCUGAUGCAUCUGCGAUCUUCGUCCCUCCUCCGUUGGCAGCGGCGGGUAUCGAGGAGGCCAUCAAGGCUGAGAUGCCGCUUGUCGUGUGCAUUACUGAGGGCAUUCCCCAACAUGACAUGGUUCGCAUCACAGACAUCCUCAAGACACAAGACAAGACCAGACUGAUUGGCCCCAACUGCCCGGGCAUCAUCGCACCUGGACAAUGCAAGAUCGGUAUUAUGCCUGGUUUCAUUCACAAGCGUGGACGCAUCGGCAUUGUCUCCCGAUCAGGUACCUUGACAUAUGAGGCUGUCAACCAGACCACACAGGCUGGUUUGGGUCAAUCUCUCGUCAUUGGAAUCGGUGGAGACCCGUUCUCUGGCACCAACUUCAUCGACUGCCUCCGCGUGUUCCUUGCCGAUCCCGACACCGAUGGAAUCAUCAUGAUUGGCGAGAUUGGCGGCUCUGCGGAAGAAGACGCUGCAGAGUUCCUCGGCCAGUACAACACCGGCGGUAAAGACGGUAAGGGUAAGCCCGUCGUCAGCUUCAUUGCCGGUAUCUCUGCGCCACCCGGACGCCGCAUGGGUCACGCUGGUGCCAUUGUGUCUGGAGGCAAAGGAGGAGCUGACACCAAGAUUGCCGCCCUUGAGGCCGCCGGUGUCAUUGUUGAGCGAAGCCCUGCAGCCCUCGGCAAGACCCUGCGAGACCAAUUCAUUCAACGCGAUCUGUUGUAGAGACAGCUUGAAAGAUGAGCCGGCGGAGAGGUGCCUGUCUUGAUUGAGCUUGUGGUCUGCGUGCGGCGCUAUACGGAAGGUUUAAAUGGGUUAUAUAUUUAUUUCUUGUAGCGUGCAUUCAAAAUAAUGGAUUUGAUAUUCUCGC